AUGAUAUACCCUGUCAACGACGAUGAGCAACAAAACGCGCCAGUCGCGCCCAAUCGAAACGUUGCAUUCGCCAUUGAAAACGACAGUCAAGUAAAUAACGAUGCCACCGGUCGCCAUAACCUGGAAACAAACUUCGAGUCUAAUCCGAAAAUCGACCAAGUCGCGUUGGCUAAGCGACGGAAACUCGAUCUCGAAUUUUUGUUACAACAGAAGAAGGUUCAAAUUGAGCGUGAGCAUAUGGAUCUCGAAACUAAAAGCCGAAGAGAACAAGAAGACAUCUUAUUCCAAAUUCAAAAGGAAGAACAGCUGCUUGCCUUUCUGCAACCAGUAGCGACAGCAAGUAGCAAUUUGUGUUCCACCCCAAUCGAAACGCGUCAAAACAAUUUUUUCGCCGGAGUUUCGUCUGUCAAUGCCCCGUUUCCCGUUUUGACACCCCUUGCACCUAAUGUAACAGAAGUAUGCAUUCCACUUUCAUCGCGAACGCAGCCCAUUUUCGCCCCAUCGUCAACAUACGCUCCUUCACACCGUUGGCCCAAGCUGGUUGUAGCAAAGUUCGACGGCGACCCUCACGGCUGGACCAAAUACGCACGUAAUAUCAAUGCAACUCUUGGAGAAACUAGCAUGCCAGACUCGCUUAAACUACUAGCGCUACAAGAAAGCUUAAUGGAAGUAAUUCAAAGGCGGAUGGCCCAUGUCUUCACCGGUUCUCGAGCGUUUCAAGCCGCAUGGGCAGAAAUUGAAUCCAAAUACGGCAACCCUGGCUUAAUAAUCCAGGCUCAUAACCAGCAUCUGCAGCAGCUCACACCUUUCAAAACCGGCGAUUUCAGCGGGCUCUUCGACAUGGCGACAGCCGUUCGCGACGCAGUUUCAAGUGUUAGUCCCGAAAACUGCAUUAUGUUCACCUCGGUUAUCGGUUCGCUCCCCGCGAAAAUGCCAAUGCAUCUGUUGACUGACUGGGGCAAGCUCGCCUACAGCCUUAAGCGAAUGCCUACGAUUAUUGAUUUCGACAGAUGGAUAGAUACAGUUGUCGGAGCCGAAGAACUACGUGGUGCCAAGUUAACGUUAAACAGCAACCAGGCCGUCAAGACUCCAGCCGCUAAUUACACUCGCAACAACAUCCAAUCGGCCGGCAGUAGCAACUACAACAAUCGCGGUCCAACAAUUCUCGCUGGGUCAUUAUUGCCUAACACCGCGACAGAAUGUCCCGCUUGUCACGAAAAAGCUGGCCAUCGCCUCGAAAGCUGCAACACGUUCACCCGCAUGCUCGUGAACACCCGAGCAACACUGUGCGCCACGAAUAACCGUUGUUUCAAGUGCCUCAUUCGCGGACACUAUGCAACCAAGUGCAGAAAGCCCUACAAUGGUUGUAGCGAAUGCGGUGGCCCCCAACCAUCUCCUGCUUCACGGUGCCGACCGCCAAUUCCCAGCUGCUUCAUCAAAGCAAGCAUCGGGCCAGUCCUGCUGGCAAUAGUCCGAGUAAUAGUCGAAGCUGGUAAUCGUUCUCGCACAGUAUUUGCCGUUCUCGACCCCGGAAGUGAAGCAACCCUUGUAACGCGUUCAUUGGCGGACCGUUUAAACUUAAAGGGCUAUCCCACCAAAAUUCAUUUCGGUUCCUUUGCCAGUUCGACGCUGCUCGACACAUCCGUAGUGUCAUUUCGGUUGCGCUCAGCGGAAAGCAAGCACUCCUUCGCACUGGAUGAGGCGUUCGUGGUCUCAAAUAUCAAUCUCUCGCAUCGAAAAAUUAAUUGGCCGAAAAUGAAGUAUGGAUGGCCGCACCUUGCUUGUUUACAAUUACCAGCAAUCGACUCAACUAAGGUCGAACUCUUGAUAGGAAUGGAUCUACCAUCAGCCCACCAAACACUUCGUGUAAUUACACCUCUUGCCAAUGAAGACGGGCCUUCGGCACACGAAACGUGCUUUGGCUAUGCAGUUGUUGGAAAAAUUCCCCGAUCCCUUGUUUCUGGUCCAAGCCUUAAAAUAGACGUCAACCUCGGGUCUACAGAAGUGGAACCGUCGCUAGCAACCACCGUUGAACGCUUCCAGUCAAACCAGUCAUUUGGCGUCGUUGUAAAAUCAAAAUCGAAAAAAUCCCAGGAAGAAGAAGAUCAGCAGAUGUUAAACGUGAUCAAGCGGUCAAUAAAAUUCGUUGGAUGUGGCUACGAAAUUGAGCUACCCAUUCGACCAGAAGUGUCCGUCGUUCCAAACAACCGAAGUCAAGCGCUUUCUCGAUUUUUUGGCGUCGAGCGCCGCCUCGUGGAGCCGACGGUGCGUGACGUGGCAUCAAAUUAUGAAAAGAUUAUGCAGAAUCUCAUUUCGUCCGGCACCGUGAUUGCUGUGUGCCAGUCCGACUUAUGUGAGCCACAGGGUAAAAUCUGGUAUCUCCCGCAUUUUUUUGUAGUAAACCCCACCAAGCCACAAAAAAUUCGUGUAGUGUUUGAUGCUAAAGCACGUUUUUGUUCGACCUCGUAUAAUUCCAUCAUGUUGCGUGGACCGCCAUCUAUUCCCAGCUUAGUCGGUGUGCUUCUACGCGCUCGUCAGUUUCGUGUUGCGCUUUCCGCCGAUAUCACAGCGUUUUAUCAUCGCAUCGGCGUAGCCAGUCAACACCAGCCUCUGCAGCGUUUCGUUUAUCGAAGAUUCGGCAGCAAAGAGCCAAUACUGACGUAUCAAUUCACUACCCUAAUUUUUGGAGCUGUAUUCUCAUCAUCCGCGGCCGUUUACACGCUACAACAUGCAGCCAGCGAAUGUGCUGCCUUUCCUCAAGUUGCGGCCAAGAUGCCAGACAACUUCUACUCAGACAAUCUUAUCGACUCCUUCGAAACAGAGGAUGAGGCGAUUAAAUUCAGCAUGGCGGUAAGGCAAUCCCUCGAAGCUGGUGGAUUCAGUUUGACGGCAUUUGCUUCGUCUGCUCCGCGAGUGCUCGAAAGCAUUCCCUUGCAUCAAAGGUCAGCUAGCGUUUUAGACCUCAACGUGGACGCCUUGCCGGUAGAAUACCAUCUAGGAAUCGAGCUAGAUCUAACAACAGAUUCGUACAGUGUCAGGGUCAAAACGAUGCCCCAAGUGUCCACUAGAAGAGAAAUGCUAGCUGCCAUGUCGCUGACGUUCGACCCGCUUGGGAUCUGUCUCCCGGUUAUCGCUGGGGCUAAAUUACUGUUUCAGCUUACAAACAGAUUGGAGAGAAACGCUCGCGGGUGGGACCAGCCUUUGCCAGCAGACCUGCUGGAAAAGUGGAAUGUUUGGGCAGAUGGGUUGGCCAAGCUAUCGUUCCCUAAUGUGAGCAGAUGUUUCCGCCCCGCCGAUUUACCAUUUUUUGGGCUCUGUAUCUCGGCUGAUCGUGUUUGCUGA